AUUAGGGGGUUCUGAACCUACAUUUUAGCACUUCAGAGAAUCAUGGCACCUGCUGAGAGAGAGGAUAGGCAGCAGAGAGAGAAACUGCGACAUAUAUCCACCAGGUUGCUUUGCCUUCUAAGCUAACUGCUGAAGAUCCUGUAGGGCCAGGCAGAAAAACCGUAUUUUCUUGUCUUUUCAAAUUUCAAAUUCCCUUAAACCAAAGGCUGGACUCCAAAUAAUUUCGUUUGGAACUAAACAGCUCAUCCCCUCUGAGCACGAAAACAGGACUCUGUGACUCCGCCUCGCCGUAGACCGCAGGAGGGAGAAACAGCGCCAGGGAAACCCGAGCCUGUCCCACCGAGGCGGUCCCAGGCCAGCCCAGCCCACCCCAGCCCGCGCCAGCUACCGGAGCCCCAGGACGCAGCCGAGCGGCCUUCGCCGACUCCUUCCCGAGCCUGGCUGUGGCGUCACGUGACCCGCGGCGCGGCCAAUCCGCGCAGCCCUCUAUGCUAUUCAAAUCGGCGGCGGGGCCAACGGUUGUGCCGAGACUCGCCACUGCCGCGGCCGCUGGGCCUGAGUGUCGCCUUCGCCGCCAUGGACGCCACCGGGCGCUGACAGACCUAUGGAGAGUCAGGGUGUGCCUCCCGGGCCUUAUCGGGCCACCAAGCUGUGGAAUGAAGUUACCACAUCUUUUCGAGCAGGAAUGCCUCUAAGAAAACACAGACAACACUUUAAAAAAUAUGGCAAUUGUUUCACAGCAGGAGAAGCAGUGGAUUGGCUUUAUGACCUAUUAAGAAAUAAUAGCAAUUUUGGUCCUGAAGUUACAAGGCAACAGACUAUCCAACUGUUGAGGAAAUUUCUUAAGAAUCAUGUAAUUGAAGAUAUCAAAGGGAGGUGGGGAUCAGAAAAUGUUGAUGAUAACAACCAGCUCUUCAGAUUUCCUGCAACUUCGCCACUUAAAACUCUACCACGAAGGUAUCCAGAAUUGAGAAAAAACAACAUAGAGAACUUUUCCAAAGAUAAAGAUAGCAUUUUUAAAUUACGAAACUUAUCUCGUAGAACUCCUAAAAGGCAUGGAUUACAUUUAUCUCAGGAAAAUGGCGAGAAAAUAAAGCAUGAAAUAAUCAAUGAAGAUCAAGAAAAUGCAAUUGAUAAUAGAGAACUAAGCCAGGAAGAUGUUGAAGAAGUUUGGAGAUAUGUUAUUCUGAUCUACCUGCAAACCAUUUUAGGUGUGCCAUCCCUAGAAGAAGUCAUAAAUCCAAAACAAGUAAUUCCCCAAUAUAUAAUGUACAACAUGGCCAAUACAAGUAAACGUGGAGUAGUUAUACUACAAAACAAAUCAGAUGACCUCCCUCACUGGGUAUUAUCUGCCAUGAAGUGCCUAGCAAAUUGGCCAAGAAGCAAUGAUAUGAAUAAUCCAACUUAUGUUGGAUUUGAACGAGAUGUAUUCAGAACAAUCGCAGAUUAUUUUCUAGAUCUCCCUGAACCUCUACUUACUUUUGAAUAUUACGAAUUAUUUGUAAACAUUUUGGUUGUUUGUGGCUACAUCACAGUUUCAGAUAGAUCCAGUGGGAUACAUAAAAUUCAAGAUGAUCCACAGUCUUCAAAAUUCCUUCACUUAAACAAUUUGAAUUCCUUCAAAUCAACUGAGUGCCUUCUUCUCAGUCUGCUUCAUAGAGAAAAAAACAAAGAAGAAUCAGAUUCUACUGAGAGACUACAGAUAAGCAAUCCAGGAUUUCAAGAAAGAUGUGCUAAGAAAAUGCAGCUAGUUAAUUUAAGAAACAGAAGAGUGAGUGCUAAUGACAUAAUGGGAGGAAGUUGUCAUAAUUUAAUAGGGUUAAGUAAUAUGCAUGAUCUAUCCUCUAACAGCAAACCAAGGUGCUGUUCUUUGGAAGGAAUUGUAGAUGUGCCAGGGAAUUCAAGUAAAGAGGCAUCCAGUGUCUUUCAUCAAUCUUUUCCGAACAUAGAAGGACAAAAUAAUAAACUGUUUUUAGAGUCUAAGCCCAAACAGGAAUUCCUGUUGAAUCUUCAUUCAGAGGAAACUAUUCAAAAGCCAUUCAGUGCUGGUUUUAAGAGAAACUCUACUUUGACUGUUCAAGACCAAGAGGAGUUGUAUAAUGGGAAAUGCAAGUCAAAACAGCUUUGUAGGUCUCAGAGUUUGCUUUUAAGAAGUAGUACAAGAAGGAAUAGUUAUAUCAAUACACCAGUGGCUGAAAUUAUCAUGAAACCAAAUGUUGGACAAGGCAGCACAAGUGUGCAAACAGCUAUGGAAAGUGAACUCGGAGAGUCUAGUGCCACAAUCAAUAAAAGACUCUGCAAAAGUACAAUAGAACUUUCAGAAAAUUCUUUACUUCCAGCUUCUUCUAUGUUGACUGGCACACAAAGCUUGCUGCAACCUCAUUUAGAGAGGGUUGCCAUCGAUGCUCUACAGUUAUGUUGUUUGUUACUUCCCCCACCAAAUCGUAGAAAGCUUCAACUUUUAAUGCGUAUGAUUUCCCGAAUGAGUCAAAAUGUUGAUAUGCCCGAACUUCAUGAUGCAAUGGGUACGAGGUCACUGAUGAUACAUACCUUUUCUCGAUGUGUGUUAUGCUGUGCUGAAGAAGUGGAUCUUGAUGAGCUUCUUGCUGGAAGAUUAGUUUCUUUCUUAAUGGAUCAUCAUCAGGAAAUUCUUCAAGUACCCUCUUACUUACAGACUGCAGUGGAAAAACAUCUUGACUACUUAAAAAAGGGACAUAUUGAAAAUCCUGGAGAUGGACUAUUUGCUCCUUUGCCAACUUACUCAUACUGUAAGCAGAUUAGUGCUCAGGAGUUUGAUGAGCAAAAAGUUUCUACCUCUCAAGCUGCAAUUGCAGAACUUUUAGAAAAUAUUAUUAAAAACAGGAGUUUACCUCUAAAGGAGAAAAGAAAAAAACUAAAACAGUUUCAGAAGGAAUAUCCUUUGAUAUAUCAGAAAAGAUUUCCAACCACGGAGAGUGAAGCAGCACUUUUUGGUGACAAACCUACAAUCAAGCAACCAAUGCUGAUUUUAAGAAAACCAAAGUUCCGUAGUCUAAGAUACUAACUGAAUUAAAAAUUAUGUAAUACUUGUGGAACUUUGAUAAAUGAAGCCAUAUCUGAGAAUGUAGCUACUCAAAAGGAAGUCUGUCAUUAAUAAGGUAUUUCUAAAUAAACACAUUAUGUAAGGAAGUGCCAAAAUAGUUAUCAAUGUGAGACUCUUAGGAAACUAACUAGAUCUCAAUUGAGAGCACAUAACAAUAGAUGAUACCAAAUACUUUUUGUUUUUAACACAGCUAUCCAGUAAGGCUAUCAUGAUGUGUGCUAAAAUUUUAUUUACUUGAAUUUUGAAAACUGAGCUGUGUUAGGGAUUAAACUAUAAUUCUGUUUUUAAAAGAAAAUUUAUCUGCAAAUGUGCAAGUUCUGAGAUAUUAGCUAAUGAAUUAGUUGUUUGGGGUUACUUCUUUGUUUCUAAGUAUAAGAAUGUGAAGAAUAUUUGAAAACUCAAUGAAAUAAUUCUCAGCUGCCAAAUGUUGCACUCUUUUAUAUAUUCUUUUUCCACUUUUGAUCUAUUUAUAUAUAUGUAUGUGUUUUUAAAAUAUGUGUGUAUUUUAUCAGAUUUGGUUUUGCCUUAAAUAUUAUCCCCAACUGCUUCAGUCAUUCAUUUGUUCAGUAUAUAUAUUUUGAAUUCUAGUUUUCAUAAUCUAUUAGAAGAUGGGGAUAUAAAAGAAGUAUAAGGCAAUCAUAUAUUCAUUCAAAAGAUAUUUAUUUAGCAACUGCUAUGUGCCUUUCGUUGUUCCAGAUAUGCGGAGACAAUGAUAAAUAAAACAUAUAAUCUCUUCCAUAAGGUAUUUAUUUUUUAAUCAAGGGAGAUACACCUAUCAGAUGUUUAAAAUAACAACACUACCCACUGAAAUCAGGGCAUAUAGAAUCAUUCAGCUAAAGAGUGACUUCUAUGAUGAUGGAACAGGUCUCUAAGCUAGUGGUUUUCAAACUGGUGCACAUUAGACUCACCCGAGGAAUUUUGAAACAGCCUGUAUGCCCAGGGCCUAACUUACACUAAUUAAAUCUGAAUUUGGGGGAUGUUGUAUAGGGAUUAGUAUUUUUUUUAAUCUAGGUGAUUCCAAUAUUCAGCCAACUGUGAGAAUCAAUGGCCUAAAUGCUUUUUAUAAACAUUUUUAUAAGUGUCAAGAUAAUGGCACAUUGACUUUUUUUUUUCAUUGGAAGAAAAUGCCUGCCAAGUAUAAAUGACUCUCAUCUUAAAACAAGGUUCUUCAGGUUUCUGCUUGAUUAACUUGGUACAAACUUGAAGCAAGUUGCCUUCUAAUUUUUACUCCAAGAUUGUUUCAUAUCUAUUCCUUAAGUGUAAAGAAAUAUAUAAUGCAUGGUUUGUAAUAAAAUCUUAAUGUUUAA